AUGAAGAAAAGUCCAGAGGCAGCUGAUGUCACAUUACCAGCUGAUGAAACUCUCCAGUUUGAUGAUGACAAUUUAAAAGGUGAGGAAAAGCCAUAGAUCAAGGACGAAAAAUUGCAUUCAGCAAUACGAUGAAGCCCUUAUCAAUUCUACAAAAAACAUUUUGUCGGGGUUUAAACCACCGUGUUUUUUACACGGGCAACCCCUGCUGACAGUAGACCAGACGAGAGCCAAUAUUACGCAAAGUUUAUUUCUAAAUUUAAAGAAAUUAAAAAUUUCGCAGACGUAAUUAUAUAUUACUUCAUUGCAGCAAUUGCAGACGUUUACAAGAAUGAAGGUAACGAUGAGUACAACAGGAAGAAUUUCAGCAGCGCCAUUAACUACUACACAGAGGGCAUUAAAGUGAAUUGCAAGGAUAAAGAACUGAACGCCAAACUGUACAGCAACAGGGCGGCAGCACUUUUUAAUUUGGGUAAGAAGUUGCUAUUGGUUGCCUUAAACAUCUUUCUGAGACUUUUUAUGUGGUGGUUUUGUACUCGGCGAUGAUUUAAUGCUAGGUAAGUCAGCUAUAGGAGACAUCACAUGGUUAUGUUUGCAAACACUGUUUUUGAUAUACUAAUGUGUAACGAGUGAAACUCCUGGUUGGCACAUAAAUAUCAAUAGGUAAUAUAGAACGUUUUCACUCACGUGGCCAACAUCUAUCACCUAUGCAAAUUUAUUGGAACAAAAGAAAGCGUUUUUUAAUACAUAAGAAAAGAGUCCAGCUACCACAGGAUUUGUUUGGGACAACAACAUGGCCGCUGUUUCAUUGUUUUGGAACGCAAAUAUGGCCGCCGUGACGACAUGUGAAAACGCUCUUUCAAUUAUGUAUACAUACGCACUUGGAUAGGGCAAAAAAGUCGGAAAAAAAUGUGUUCUGCAGAGUAACGUUACAUGAUCUGAAAUGGGAAAACAUGAUACAAACUAAAAAGAUGUGUUACUUCGUCAUCUUCAUGCUAUGCUCUGUGUUUCGGGUGUGUAACGUUUUUGAAUGCAUUAUCUCUUUCGCAGGGAGUUACACCGAAGCACUGAAUGAUGCAAAAAUGGCCGUGGAAUUGCAACCAUCUUUUCUAAAAGCUUUUGUGCGGGGUAGGUUAACUUUGCAUAUACCCUUUGACAACAUUUUUUUUCCCGAAGAAAAUCAGCCGGUGCGUGAAUAUUUGAAAACUUUCCUUGCGUUAACUGACAGUCUGUCGUUUAAGAUAACACAUAUAGAUCAAUUUAUCGUUGCUUUCUUAGCCCAAAUGCAUUGUAGUUGAGCAGUUGUUUUUUCUUUUUCAGGUGCAAGUGCUUGCGUUCAGUUAGAUAAAUUUAACGACGCCAUUACCUGGUGUGACAAGGGAUUAGCAGUAUCCUUUUUUAGAGUUUAGGAUCGAAUUGCUCAAAGGGCGAUCAUGAUCAGCCCGUUAGUUAAUAUCACUACUCAAAUGCUCUGUUCACAUUUAACCCUGGAUUGACGCUAAUAAGAAUUCGACUUUUAAAUAAUGCUGUUUCAGGUAACGGUCUUUUUCCCGUACCCGAUCUAACUUGGUGCUGCUUUUUCUAGUUCAUGCAGUAUGUUUCCAAUCAAAUAAACAAAACUGCCGGUAUAUCCACUCUUCACAAUUCUACAAAAUAGCAAUCUUAAUUGAAUAUUAGUCUUUGCUGUGCAGUAAGUUCUCUCAAUGCACUAAACGUAGCCUUGUAAUAUUCUUGUUUAUAUCAAAUAAUUAACAUUUUAACUACUACAAGACUGACCCAAAGAACCGAAAGUUGUUGGAAUUACGGAAAAGGGCUGCGAGAGGACAAAAUAGGCUGAAAGACAAUCUUGGAGAAAAGGUAAGGGUGAAAAAAUGCUUUAAUUACGUACCAGUGGAGGCUCAGUGCUAUUGAAUGUGCCAAAUUGAAGGAGCUCGUAGUUCGCUAUACAAGAGACUGCAAAGCAGACACCUAUAGUUGCUCUCUUAGCCUAGCUGUACAAAGAAUUAACGUAAAAUCAAACUCCGUCGUUCACCCUCACAUAAUUAGAGAACCCUUACAAAUUCUAAGUCUGUUAUUUCCAAUCAACUUUGGGAUUUGCAAAUAAGCAGCCCAUGUCAAUACGGUAGGCAUACAUAUAUAACGCUCGGGUGCGUAUAUCAUUCUUAGUUUAAAUGCAAUUCAAGAGAAAUUUUUUUAAAAAAUUUGAAAUGAGCAUAUUUGCUCAAGAAAUGAAAUUUGGAUUUCCCAGUUUCCAACUCCAUUCUGCUGAGAGCAAAAAAAUGGUGGGGCACUGAUCUCCACAUUUUGACACCUUCUGUCAUCUAUAACUGAACAAACCCGGGAAACAGGCAAAAAGGAAUCUGUUUGUUGGUGAUGGAAAGACCAGCCUGUAAGCAGAGCCUCCUUUGUCUUCUACCUGGUCGAGGAGAGGAAAAGGAGGAUUUGCCGGAAUAGCGUCGAGUCUUUGAAGUCGCCGCAGCCCUACUUUUCGACUAGCCAAGCUUGUUUUCUCUCGUCAAACUGGCUUGUUUGAAUGUGAUCAUCCGUUCAUUGAUAAAUCGAUGGUCGUAACUGAUCCCACAAUACCAAGCGCACGGCUAUUAGUCCUGGGCUGGAAAAUGUAUCGUAGCAACAUUCAGGGCACGCUCAACAAAGAUCAUACUCGAUGCAUGAAGAGCCUUUCUCAUCCUCGGAGACCCAGAGGUUAAUUUCUAACAUAAAUUUUCCUCGGAUUUUACUUGUUUUUAGGUUGCUAAUACUGGUUAAAUACCGUGCGAGCAGAUGUUUCUCCUUUCAUGAAGUCGUUCGAGUCGCUUGUCAGUCGCGUAGUUGUUUCAUUUUAUACGCCCCGGGUUUAAAGCAGUGCAACAAUAUCUCAAAUGCAAUGUGUUUUCUUUCAUCAAAAACUCUAAUUCCACAGUUCACAGUUACCAAUAUUCCGUUCAUGUUACCACUGAAAUAAUUGGUCGUUUCAGGGCUACCAGCCAAGCCAUUCAAAUCCUCUUGUGAUCGAACUCAAAUAAUAGGCUCUGUGGCUGGAAUCAACAAAUAAUAUGCUACAAGUCGGUGAUUAAACUCAGGAUGAUCACAUGAGGACAUCUAGCUAACAUGACCUAAAGUGAGAUAUUUACUGAAUUUUGCUAAAUGUCUUUAAGAUCUGUUGUUGAUUUUUUCUCUCUUUCAGCAAUUUAGAAAAUUGUUGCCCCUGCAUCCAUUAAGACACCUUUUAGUCGAAAAAGGGUAGAAAUAGGCAGAAAUUUGAAACUGAACAAAACUAAAAAGCUACAUAAGACGUGUUCAUACAUUUUACGCGUUUUUUUCACAGUAUCCUCGCACGAAGGAUGACAAUUUUGGCAUCACCCUUCAUGGCGGACUGACAAGUUUAAAAACAACCAUAGAGUACCAUGAAAGUGACCUGAAAAUUGCUCAGGAAAUGAAUCAUAGAUGGAAGGAAGGAGCUACGUAUUCCAAUCUUGGCACAACCCACCACAGUCUAGGAGAUUUCAAGAAGGCCAUACACUACCAUCAACGGCACCUAAAGAUUGCGAAAGAACUGGGCGACAGAUGGGGAGAGUAGGUGGCAUAUUGCAAUCUUGGCCACGCCCAUCACUGUUUAGGAGAUUUUAAAACAACCAUAGAGUACCUUGACCGUGGUCUGAAAAUUGCGAAAGCCUUGGGUGACAGAUUGGGAGAAGCAGCAGCGUACGGCAAUCUUGGCAUGACCCAUCAGAGUCUGGGGAAUUUUAAAACAGCCAUAGACUACCAUGAAAGUCACCUGAAAAUUGCGAAAGACCUUGGUGACAAAUCUGGAGAAGGAAGAGCGUAUUGCAAUCUUGGCAUCGGCCAUCGCAGCCUGGGAGAUUUUAAAACAGCCAUAGACUACUAUGAUAGUCAUCUUAAAAUUGCAAAAGAAAUGGGUGACCAAUCGGGAGAAGGAGCGGCGUAUGCAAAUCUUGGCAUCGCUCAUCGCUGUCUGGGAGAUUUUAAGAAAACUAUAGACUACCACGAACGCGACCUGAAAAUUGCGAAAGAGUUGUGUGACAGACUGGCAGAAGGAAGAGCGUAUGGCAAUCUUGGCAACGCCCGUCUUAGUCUGGGAGAUUUUGAAACAGCCUUAUAUUACCAUGAAAGGCAUAUGAAAAUUGCGAAGGAAUUGGAGAACCGAUCAGGAGAAGGGACAGCCUAUAGCAAUAUUGGCAACUCUUAUAGAGGUCUGGGAGAUUUUAAGACAGCCAUAGACUACUACGAGCGUGACCUGAAAAUUGCCAAAGAAUUGGGUGACAAAUCUGGAGAAGGAAGAGCGUGUGGCAAUCUUGGUAGCGCCCAUAGUAGUCUAGGAGAUUUGGAAGCAGCCGUAAACUUUCAUGAACGUUGCCUAAAAAUUGCUAAAGAAUUGGGUGACAGAUCGGGAGAGGGAGCGGCUUAUGGCAAUCUUGGUAACGACAUUCUCAGCCUUGGAGAUUUUAAAACAGCCAAAGAAUACUUUGAACGUCAACGGCAGAUUUCAAGAGAAUCGGGUGAGACAUUGGGAGAAGGAAUAGCGUGUUGGAAUCUUGGUUACUAUUAUGAAUGUCUAGGCCAACUUUCAUUGGCUAUUGAGUAUUACCAACUUAGUGUUUCUUUGGUAAAUAAUAUCAGAGAUCGUCUUCAACUGAACGACGAGUGGAAAAUAAGCUUAAGGGAUCGAUACCAAACAAUAUACGCUGCGCUUUGGCGCUUGAUGUUAGCCGAAGGCAAGGUUGCGGAAGCUUUGUUUUCUGCUGAGCAAGGACGGGCACAAGGUCUAAAAGACCUUAUGGCGCAUAAUUAUGGAUUGAAAUUGAAUGAUGCUGAGUCAGGUAAAGGCAACAGAUCCUUUCAUGAACUCUCUAAUCGCAUUCCUCCGAAUACUAUAUUUAUGGCGCUAGGAAAGAACGAGUUAGUUUGCUGGGUUUAUCAUAAAGGAAAGGAAGUUGAAUUAAGAAGCAACCAGAUCAGUACGCAGAACAAAAUCAGCACUUUCUUUGAGUCUCUUGUGGAGCUUGUCUGUCAGGAAAUUGGCGCAAGAGAUAACGUUGAAUGUGAAGAUCGCUCACUUAAAUUGGCAAGUGACGAAAGACUAACAGUUAAAAGAUCACCUCAAGAUUGCAGACAAAUCCAGCACUUACACCUUCAAAAAAGUGCUUUGAAUACGUUCUACGAGAUCGUCAUUGAUCCUACUCAAGAUCUUUUUUCUGGAAGUGAACUCAUAUUUGUCCCCGAAGGCCCACUUUGCUUGGCCCCUUUUGCUGCGUUUAAGGGUCCAAACUCCAGAUACCUCUGUGAAUCAUUCAGAAUUCGCGUGGCUCCAUCUCUCAGCAGCUUGAAAAUGAUCGCAGAUUGUCCGUUAGAUUACCACUGUAAGUCUGGCGUGCUUCUUGUGGGUGAUCCGUGGGUGCAAGAUGUGACAGAGCUGGAGCAGUUGCCGUAUGCCAGAGAGGAAGUUGAGAUAAUUGGUAAAAUGCUUGGUUGUGCACCUCUUAUUGGAAGACAGGCCACAAAGGAUGCGGUGUUAAGACGACUCGGUUCGGUUGCUUUGGUGCACAUCGCUGCACAUGGCAGCAUGGAAACGGGUGAAAUUGCCCUGGCGCCAGAUAAUGGUGAGAUGGAUUUCAUUUUGACGAUGAAAGAUGUAAAGCGUGUUCAGAUUCGUGCAAGACUGGUUGUACUCAGUUGUUGUCAUAGUGCCCAUGGUGAGAUCAAAGCAGAAGGCGUGGUUGGCAUAGCACGAGCGUUUUUAGGUGCCGGUGCUCGUUCUGUUCUGGUAUCAUUGUGGGCGAUUGACGACAAGGCCACUCUUGAGUUUAUGAAAAAUUUCUAUCAACAUCUUGUGAAAGGAAAAAGUGCAAGUGAAGCCUUAAACCAAGCGAUGAACUACAUGAGAGAAUCUGAGGAGUUUGGUGCAGUCAAAUACUGGGCACCGUUUGUGCUUGUUGGUGAUAACGUCACGUUAGAAUUUGCUGGAUGCGAGUAG